CUUAUUCCUUACUAUAUAAUACACUACAUAAAUUUUGCUGGCAACACCGAGCGUCUGCUUAAGAACUCACGUGCGCCAAGGAAGUUUGAAAUGAUUGUACGAGUGUAUGAAAUGUUUUGUUAAAUUAAUUUUUGUAUACAUCAUAAUUAUUAAAAAAUUAGAAAGAUGAGCAUGAAAAUAUCUUACAGAGCAAAUAUAAAUGAUUUUUCAAAUCAUUCUGAUAAUUCAUCGCUUGAAAACGAUGGCUAUUCUAAUGAUGAAAUUGAUCAAAGCAAAGACUAUGAAGAUGAAAAUGAAGAAAAUGAAGAAAAUGAAGAAAAUGAAGAAAAUGAAGAAAGUGAAGAAAAUGUAGAAAAUGAAGAAAGUGAAGAAAAUGUAGAGAAUGAAGAAAGUGAAGAAAAUGUAGAAAAUGAAGAAAAUGUAGAAAAUGAAAGUGAAGAAGAAGAGAAAGUUGAAAAUAUUGUUAAAAGAGAAAAUUUUCAUUUAAUAUCUGAUAAAAAAAGAAGAAAAGUUACUGAUGAUCUCACAGAUACUUCAUUGAAGAAGAAAAGGAAAUUAGACAAAGAUUUAUAUAAACCACCAACUGUUGAUGAAUUAAAUCAACUUAGGGAAACAGAAAAUUUAUUUCACUCAAACUUAUUCAGAUUACAAAUAGAAGAAAUGUUAAAUGAAGUUAGACUUAAAGAUAAAUACAAAAAAUUAUUUGACAUUUGGUUCAAAAAGUUGAAGGAGACUAUUGAAUCUAUAAGGGAAACAGAAGAAUAUCAACUUUCAGAUGAUAAACUAGGGAAAAAGUUAAAUGUACAUAUUCCAAUGUUUGAUGUACCAAAAGAAACAAAAGGAGUAUUUAAAUUCCUUAAGCCAACAGAUAUUGCUAUUAUAGGAUCUUACAUGUUUGAUGCUGCAAUCGGUGCAAAUAUUGUUGUAGAUAUAAUGGUGGAAAUGCCUGCCAAAAUAUUCCAAAAUCAAGAUUACCAAAAUUAUAGGUAUAUAAAAAAGAAAAUGAUAUAUUUGGCAUACAUAGCAUCUAAUAUCACAGAUGAUAUUACUGAGAGCAAAACGUUUAUGAAUGAUACUUUAAAACCAGUUUUAAAAAUUGUACCAAGUGGAAAGUUAGGUACUAAAAUUAAUGUAUUGAUACAUGCAUCAGCUGAAGAAGCAAGUUUUAAAUUAAGUAGGUUUUUACCAGAAAAGAAUAAUGUUAGACCUGAAUGGUUUUUUGGAGACAUCAAAAAUAUUACAGAAAAUUUUCCACCAACACCACAUUACAAUUCUAUAAUUCUUCAUGAUUUAACUAUGAAAAUACAUGCAGAAAAUAUGAAAGUAAUAAAAGAAUAUCCCAAUUUAAGAGAUGGUAUUAUUUUACUAAAGAUAUGGUUAAUUCAACGUGAAUUGGUAAAAGGUUAUACAGCUUUUAGUGGAUACAUAAUAACAAUGAUUGUUUUAUACUUAUUGUCUAUUAAGAAGUUAAAUACAUUUAUGAGCAGCUAUCAAAUAGUUAGGAAUGUAUGGAGCUAUUUAAUACAGACUAAUUGGUGUGAAUCUGGAAUCACCAUGAAUCAAAGUGAAGAUAGUAAAAAUAGAGUUUUAAGUUAUCACAAAUAUUAUGAUUGUGUAUUUUUGGAUAACACUAGUUAUUACAAUAUUACUACCCAUGUGUCCAAAGCUACAUAUAAAUGGGUACAAAAAGAAGCAGAACUUUGCUUAAGUCAUUUGGACAGUACACAUGCGAACAGUUUCCAAUCACUUUUUAUGAGAAAAGUACCAUUUUAUAUGGCAUUUGAUCAUUUUAUACGGUUUGAGGAUACUGAAAUGUUAAAAAUUCUAGUAAAUAUUAAUUCAAGUGAUGAAGAUAAGUUAGAUUAUGGUCCCAAUUAUCGGGCUCAAGCGAUAAAAAUUAUUUCUAACAUUCUCAAAAAAGGAUUGACAAAUAGAGUGCAUCAAAUUUGUGUAUUACCAAAUGAAAGUUCAGAAUGGAAAUACACCGAGAAUAAUUGUAACGAUAUUGGGGAGAUUUUUAUUGGAUUAGAAUUAAAUCCAGAGUAUUGCUUUAAUAUUGUUGAUAAAGGACCUGAAGCAAAUUUACCAGAGGCCAUUGAAUUUAGAAAAUUUUGGGGCAAAAAAUCAGAAUUACGACGAUUUCAAGAUGGGACUAUUCGAGAAGCAGUGGUUUGGUCGAAAGGCAAAACAUUGUCAGGAAAAAGAUUAAUAUGUAAAAAGAUUGCAACAUUUCUGCUGAAAAAAAAAUUAAAUUUACUUAAAAAUAAAUUUAUAUACAUUGCUGAUGAAGUGGAAGAACUUUUAAAAUUGCGAAAGGUAAAAAUAACACAUUUCGCUUAUGGAACGGGAGAAGAAGCGGCACUGAGAGUAAUAAAUGUAUUUAAUUGUCUCGAGAAAGAUUUAAUGUCUCUUACUGACAUUCCUUUAUCAAUACAUGGGGUUCAAGGAUCUAGCGCCGUUUUUCGAUAUACAGAUGUUUUUCCACCACUUGCAACUGUUUAUCGACCUGAUGAUAAACUUAUUAAGAAACAUAAAAAAAAUUUGAUUUUAUCAAAAAGAAUAACUACUUCACCUAGAUAUGUUUGUCCACUUGAUGUAAGCUUACAAUUAUCAACUAGUGGAAAAUGGCCAGAUGAAUUGGAAGCUUUUAGACAUACAAAAGCUGCUUUUCAUAUACAAAUUGCAGAAUGUCUCAGAAAACAAUACAAGUUGACAGUAAAAGCCCACUUUCCAUAUGUUGAUGUAUAUAAGGAUGGAUUUGUAUUUCGAUUAAGAGUAGCCCAUCAAAAAGAAAUUGGUUGCUUGAAACAUCAAGUAACCGAGGAUGGAGUUAUACAAUAUAAGGAUAAUGAAAAAUCAAUUGAAUUAGAAAAUAAGCUGUUUGAAUUACCGAAGUUAACCAGUGCUUUACAUGGCUUGCAUACUCAACAACCAUCAUUUGGACCUACAUGUUGUUUAGCAAAACGCUGGUUAUCUGCUCAAUUACUAGAUAAUUCUCAUAUACCAGAUGUAGUAGUUGAACUACUUGUAGCUUCAAUGUAUUUAACGCCUGCACCGUACAGACCAUCUCAAAUGCCACAAGUUGCAUUUUUGAGACUUUUAGAAAGUUUUGCUAGGAGUCAUUGGAAUACUGAUCCGGUUAUAGUAAAUUUCAACAGUGAAAUGUCUAAAGAAGAAAUAAUUGCUGUUGAAACGCUUUUUGGAUCAUCUCGUGAUUCUUUACCACCUCUCUUUAUUUCUACUCCUUAUGAUCAACAAAGAUCAUUAUGGACUAAAAAAGCACCAUCUAUUCUAAUUUUAAAUCGCAUUACAAUGUUGGCUAAACAAUCUCUAAAAUUGUAUGAAGAUCAACUUUUUACAAAAGUUUUGUUAGAUUUCAAAACCUUAUUCAGGCCGCCAAUUACAGAAUAUGAUUGUUUAAUAUAUUUAAAGCCACUUAUGGUUCCUAGAAGAUUACAAGCAGUUGAUGUUAAUGAUGAAGAACCAAUUGUUGAGUGGCAUCCAUAUAAACGACACUCGGCCCAAAAGGUACCAAUUGUGGGUUUUGAUCCUGUACAACUUUUCCUACAAGAGCUUAGGAAUGGUUAUGACGAAUUUGCCUUGUUUUUCCACGACACUUACGGUGGUACAAUAAUUGGGGUUUUAUUUAAACCUUCCGCACUAGGAAUUAAGGAGUUUAAAGUAUCAAAUAUCGGUGGUCGAAAAUGUAAUAACAAUGAAUUAGUUUUAAAUAUUUCGGCAAUGAUUCAAGAUUUCUAUAUUCUUGGAAAAGGUCUUGUAGAAGCGAUAGAUGUUCGGUCAAAAAAGUUUUCUUUAACCUGAUAUUCCCUAAUAAGUAGUUUUCUAGUUUUUUUUUAUUAUAGUUGUUUUAUAGUCUAACUUUUUUAUUGUAUAAUUAAUUAUGUACAUGAAUAUACAUAAAA